CAAACUCUACCGGCCAGUUGCAUCCGACUUUGAACUCGAAUCCAUUCAAUCUACAACUCCUCAGAGCCGCCCACACUUCCACACAGUCAAAAUGGCACCCACAGCACCAACAACCUCCCUCUCGGCCCGCGAAAAGCGCAUGGCCCGCAUCCGCGGCGACAUCCACCCCCUCGCACCGCACAAGACCCUCCGCCCCGAAGCCCAAGUCGACGACGGCUUCCUCACCAACAAAAAGGACAAGCGAACGAUGAAACACAGCGCCUUUCUCAGCAAAGUCGCCAAAACCGCCCCCGGCAGCGGCAAGACGCUCAAGCGCCGGAGGCCGAACAAGAAGCUCGUCGCGACCAUGGAGUCGCUCGCUGACGCGCUGCCGGACUUGGACGAGGGCGCGCAGACGCUGGAGCAGUUGCGCGAAGGGAAAGUCAGGCAUAAGAGUUUGAAGAGUAGGCCUGGUGCGCUGAAGAGGAAAGAGAAGGUUGUUAAGGCUGAGGUGGCGAGGUUUGGGGCUAGCAUGGCGGCUUUGGCUUCGCUGCCUGGUGCGAAUGCUAGCGCGGCGCCUGCGGGUGAUUCUGGUGCGAUGGCGGUUGAGGGGGCGGGGGUGCAGGAGACGACGACGACGACGACGAAUGCGACUUCGAAUCGGUGGGCGGCGUUGCGGAGACACAUUUCGAGCACGAUGGAGCAGAACCCUGCUUUCAGCACAUAAGAUUCAAUGGUGGUACAUACGCUACUACGAACGGCAGAGAGGGAUACCCGACGGAUUUGGUCGAAACGGCAACUUGGAGCACAGCGCGCCAAAGGCAUGAUAUCUUCACCGACGGAAGGUGGCGUCUCCGUGUUCUCUGACGAGUUCUUCACUCUUGCGGCUUGGGCCUAUGUUCAGAUGGGAUUCUUCCGUGGGACUAUCAAUGUUGGGAUCGUCGUCUCUGAUCGCAAAGGACAUUCCGUGACGCGCAAGAACUUCUCGGGCUCGCUUUUCCCCUGGAUGAAUCCUCUAGAAUCGAAGCUCUCAGCCACAGAUGCGCUCGAAUUCGCCAAAUAUGUCGAUAGCAGCGACAGGUUUAUCUCGGGGGUUCUUAGAGUUGCCGGAAUCUGGAUGGCUCUACAUCGUGCAAACCCGAGUCAAGUAUACGCAUACUAGUG